AUGACCCGCCCCCAAUUUGCGACCGUCUCGGCCAUCUUCACCAUCGGCGGUCUCUUCGGCGCCUUGGUCGCCGGGCCUUUCACCUCAGCAAGAGGUCGCUGGCUCUCCAUGCAAUUGACAGCCGCGUUCUACAUCGUCGGUUCCCUAGUCGAGACUCUCUCCCACUCGGUCCCCGUGCUCUCGACCGGCCGUUUCCUCACUGGUGUCGGUGCCGGAGCCAGCACCGUCAUCGUCCCCCUCUACAUCAGCGAGAUCGCCCCCCCCGCGCAGAGAGGAUUGUUCGGUGCUUUUACCCAGAUCAGCAUCAACCUCGGUAUCUUGAUCUCGCAAACACUUGGAUAUUUCUUGAGUCACGAUUCGGCGUGGAGAUGGAUUCUGGGAUCUGGAGUGGUGGUGGCGGCCGCCCAAGGGUUCGGUCUGCUGUUGGCGCCAGAGAGCCCCAAGUGGACGGCGAGCGCUAAGGGCAAUGUCACACAGGCGAGGAGGACACUCCAGCGCAUUCGAGGCAAGAACGCUAAUAUCGACGAGGAAGUCGAGUCCUGGGGCCAUGGAAGUGGGAGACCUACUAGCGAGGAGGAAUCCCUUCUCCAGAGCGUUGAGGACCGCAUGGAGGGCCUGUUGCGGAGAGACACCUCUCGCUCUAACUCUCCAUCACCUUCCACUUCCCGUCCUCACGCCCACAAGGCCAGCAAACCCCAUCUUGGUUUUGUCCAGGUUCUGAAGGAUUCCAAUACCCGUCCCGCCAUCAUCGCCGUGGUGGGAAUCAUGUUCGCCCAACAGCUCUGUGGCAUCAACUCCAUCAUCAUGUACUCGGUCUCUCUCUUCCGGGACCUGCUCCCGCCUUCCUUUUCCUCGGGCCUCCUCACCAUCUGCAUCUCCAUCAUCAACCUAGGCACUACUACUGCCUGCUCGCCUCUGCCCGACAAGUUCGGCCGCAAGGCUUGUCUCCUGGCUUCUGCCAUUGGCCAGGGCCUGUCGUCGCUUGUCCUUGCUCUCUCCAUUAUGUUCGGCGUCAAGAUCUUGUCCGCCAUCGCGGCUCUUUUCUUCGUGGCCUUUUUCGCCGUCGGUCUAGGUCCGGUGCCGUUUAUUUUGGCCAGCGAGCUGGUAGGAGAAGAGGCGGUCGGUGCUACGCAGAGCUGGGCGUUGGGGGCGAGUUAUAUUGCUACUUUUUUGGUGGCAUUUGGGUUCCCAGUGGUGAAUGAGGCGUUGAACAGGGCUUUUGGAAGUGCUGGGUGGGUUUACUUUAUUUUUGCUGGAAUGGCGGCGAUUUGGGCCUUGUUUAUCGUGCAGGUUGUGCCAGAGACCAAGGGGAAGAAGAGCGUGGAUGAGGUAUGGGGACGUACUAGGCGUGUGGACUGA